GCAACAGGCAAACAAGCAAAACACGAACACGAGAGAGACACCGCACAGCUGCAAAGACACUCACGUCUCUCGCGUCUGUCACAUCUCACACCACUGCUCACCACUCACCACCAACCUCCACACCCACACGCACGCAAGCGCGAUGGUGUCGAUUCGCACGGCAACGGUUGAUGAUCUCAUCAACAUGCAGCACUGCAACCUGUUGUGCUUGCCAGAGAACUACCAGCUCAAAUACUACCUCUACCACGGGCUCAGCUGGCCGCAGCUGUCGCACGUUGCCGAGGAUGAGAACGGCGACAUUGUUGGUUAUGUGCUCGCCAAGAUGGACGAAGAGGGUGGCGAGGUGAUUACUGGCCACGUGACGUCGCUUGCUGUCAAGCGCUCGCACCGUCGUCUCGGCCUCGCGCGGAAGCUCAUGGACCAGGCCGCUCAGGCCAUGGUGGACAACUACAGCGCCAAGUUCUGCUCCCUGCACGUCCGCAGAAGCAACAGGGCUGCGCUCAACCUGUACAACAAGACUCUCGGCUUUGAGAUCUACGACACGGAGCACCGCUACUAUGCGGACGGCGAAGAUGCGUUUGCCAUGCGGCGCGACCUCAGUGAGGGCGUCAUCAGACCCCCGCGCUCCGCAACCAAGAAGAGCAGCAGCGAGACACAGGAUGGUGAUAAGGCCACACCCGCCGCUGCUGGUGGUGAUGGCGCCAGCACACAAGCCAGCACAGAGCAGACUGCAUGACGCACCGCACUGCACAGUGUUGUGGGAUGUGAAUGGAAUGGCAGUGUGUGUUGAGACCCGCUUGUGAGAUGUGCCCAUUGUUGUUUCUGGUCGUCGUUGUUUACAUAGCUUGGCCUCUCAUGUGUGUGUGUGUGUGUGUGAUCUUGUUCGUGUUCUUUGUGUGAUGUGAUUUGCUGCAUUUUCGUUGGUGCAUGCGUGUAUGAAUGCACAGUGUUCUGCUUUGGUGUUGUGGUCGCUGCAGAGCCGUGAGUUAAACUGCUUGCGUUUACUACCGGUGCUUUGGGUUGUCAAGAUACACUCACCUCAAACAUCGCGUGAUGGGAACAAGCGAAAGC